AAAAAUAUUAGUAGUAAAUUAGAGAUAUAGUUGAAUUUGAGUUUGUGAUAUGAAAAUCCAAGUCCGGGACGCAUAAGGAUUCCGAAUCCCCAUCUAAAUUGCGAGAGAGAUAAUGGAGGAUGUUGAGCACCACAAAUCAGAUGAAGAAUGGGAGGAGAGAGGAAGCACUUCAAGGGAUGAGAAUGUUGUUACAGAUUAUAUCUUCUUUGGAAUUCCACGGCCUAAUAAGAUAGAUGAAGAAUUCUUUGGAGCGAUCCGAUGCCAGAUUCCACGGCCUAAUAAGAUAGAUGAAGAAUGGGAGGAGAGUGGAAGAUCAGAUGAAGAAUGGGAGGAGAGAGAUGAAGAAUGGGAGGAGAGAGGAAGAUUAGAGGAAGAAUGUGAAGAGGAAGAAUGGGAGGAGAGAGGAAGUACUUCAAGUGAUGAGAAUGUUGCUUCAGAUUAUAUCUUCUUUGGAGACAUCCAAUGCCUGCUUCCACGGCUUAAUAAGAUAGAUGAAGAAGAUGAAGAACUUAAUAAGAUAGAUGAAGAAGAUGAAGAAUUUUUUGGAGCGAUCCGAUGCCUGAUUCCACAGCCUAAUAAGAUAGAUGAAGAAUGGGAGGAGAGAGGAAGUUCAGAGGAAGAAUGGGAAGAGGAAGAAUGGGAGGAGAGAGGAAGUAGUUCAAGUGAUGAGAAUGUUGCUUCAGAUUAUAUUUUCUUUGGAGCGAUCCGAUGCCUGAUUCCACGGCCUAAUGAGAUAGAAUCAUGGCCUCUAACUCUGCCUCUAACUCUGCCUAAGACAGAACUGAAGCAACAAAAAUUCAUCAAGAAAUUAUCAAAAACCGAUAAUGACAAACCAAAAAGAUAAAAGUCUAGCACACGAAGAAGAGUUUCCGGUUCAACCUCACAAAUUUCCCUAAUUUGCUUUGUUUUUUUUCGUUUCUUUUUCUAGGAUCAAUAUUUUCAACU